AAUCGUGCAACUUCCUCCUGUGCAGAAAGAGGCUUCAGCCCAGUCCACCCGUCUUAAGCGUCCUCUGAGGGGCAGGGGGCCUCUCCUCAGGCGCUCUCGCCCGCCUUCCUUCCUUCCCUCCGCCGCCCGUUCUCGGCGCGUCAAGCGCAGGGCUGCACAGCCGGCAACCGCGGAGCCACGGUCUUUGACGCUGCCUCCGCCCCGCGAUGGAAUCAAUCGAGGACCUGGCGGUGGGGCCUUGCGCGGCCUCGCUGUACCUGCGGCCUCUGCGGCUCCGCUACCGCCAGAAUGGUGUUUCAAAGAUCUGGGACUUCAUGAAGACGCACGACAGCGUGUCCAUUCUGAUCUUUAAUACUUCUCGGCAGUGCUUUGUUGUGGUGAAGCAGUUCCGUCCAGCUGUCUAUAUGUGUGAGAUGGAUCAGCAUUGUCCUCAAGACUUUGAGAGCAACGCCCCAGAGACCUGGUGUCCUCUUAAAGGUACUUUACCGGCUUCAUCAGGUGUGACGUAUGAGCUCUGUGCUGGCAUUGUAGACAAGGCAGAGCUCUCUCUGGAGGAAAUCGCAUGCCAGGAAGUCUUAGAGGAAUGUGGCUACGAAGUCCCCCUAGCCGGCCUGAAGAGGAUUACAUCAUACAGAUCUGGAGUUGGUGUGACCGGGUCAAAGCAGACGUUAUUUUAUGCAGAAGUGACCGAUGAGAUGAAAACGGGCAAAGGAGGCGGCCGGCCAGAAGAAGGCGAGCUGAUUGAAGUUGUGGAAAUACCUCUGCCGGACUCAAUGGAUUUUGCAUUUGAUGAGACUUUCCCUAAAACUAUGGGCGUUAUGUUCUGCUUCAUGUGGUUCCAUAACAACAUUGCCCCAAAGCUACCAGAAAAAUCAGAAUAGCAUCAGGUUGUACAGGAAUUCAGGGCGAGGGGGGCAAUAAAGAAAUUAAACCACAAA